AGAGACACUCCGUGAGAAUUUUGCCUGGAACACAUUCCCAGUGCAAUCCCGUUCUCUAAAUAAGUUUUUUUUUGGUUCACAGCAGCAUUCAUUGAGUGAAAAAUCAACCCUACCCCCGUAGAGAGUGAUAAUACCUAAAAGACAACGGAACUUGUGCUGUGUCUAAGAUAUUGAUUUAAUUGAGUGUUACUGGAGUGCAUGACGUUAAAGUAGAAGAGAAUAUUGCCAAAAAAAAAACGGACUCAUUAACAGCCUAUAACAUUGUAACGGUCUUACAUAGUGAUUUUACAUUUGGAUUAUAUACUGGAGGUGCCUCUAUCAACAGAUCUAACCAAAGAUAUCGAUUCAUAGGAGCCUAACAAUGAAUCGAAUCACAGUUGGAUUUAGUGUACUGGCGAUGCUCCUCCUAACUGAGGCAUACCCAAUUUUUGGUACAAAGCGCUACCAUCGCGCCAGUAGUAUCCCAUUGCAAUUGAGUCCUAUACCUAUUUAUACAGCUGUGCCACAGUACUAUGACUACAGUCCCUAUGAAGCCCAGUACCAAGCAUAUGGGCUACCGAUUUACCAUGGAGAAUACAAACCAACACAGUACUACUAUGCCCAAGGUCCGAGUUAUAGCUACUAUGAUGACCGUGGAGAAGAAUCUGGGAAUCCCAUGGACCAUCUCCAUGAGGAGAUGCUCCAGGAAGAAGAGAGAGAUCGCUUUCAUGAGAAUAGUUUGCCUAUUGGCCAGGAGACUUGGUAUGCCGAACCAGCUGCCAGACAAGACUCCCUCGCAAAUGCCAAUGCUGCCUUUCUCAGGAAUCUCAUAGCCUACAAUCAGCAAUUGAACGCAGCAUCACCAGAUCAGAAUGACGAGGGGGAAUUUGAGGAGUACAGUGACUUUAGCGAUGCUGGUGGGUACUUUGACUCACCACAAAUGGACACUUACAACUAUAAUCCCUAUGAAGGAAAUCAGAGACUCAAUGGCAAUAUGCGAGAGGAUGAUGAUGACGAUGUGCAAGAAUUGAAGCAUCUGGCAUAUGAGAAGGAACAUCAGAAUCCUCAUGCUUCUAUCCACAAAACCCUGCCGAGUUUACCCAAACACCAACCAGUUGCCCAAGAUUCCUGGCACCAGGGUAAUGAAGCAUCUUUCCAUCAAUACGACUCAGAUCCCGAAUAUGAGGAUGAGUGGAUAAAUUGGGACAGCAAGAGGAGUGUAUUGCCAGUGAAGGAGGUGGGACCUAUUGUGGCGUUUAGUGAUCGAAAACCAUUAAAUCUAGUGACUAAACAUAAGCAAGAAGUAGUCACAGUGGCCCCAGCUGUGACGCCCAAAGAGGUCAAAGGAAGUGGACAGAAGGAAGUAGUUCUUCCACGACCAGCAACACCAGUUCAUCAGCCUUUCACGGCAUCUGCUAUGAAAUUUCUGAAGCAGCAGAGUGAUGCUGCACCCAAGGAGGAGCCCAAGGAUGCCCAGAAGAGAACUCCAGGCAAGGGAAAACAGUCAGUCUAUGACACCAUCAAGCAUCUCAUAGCCAUGGAACACAGUCUAGAAGAGAAUGCUCAGAAAGAGCAGCAACAGUUGAAUCGGUUGAAAAAGCGAUUUGUCACAAAUGAGGAGAGCCUGGCGCAACAGUUGGAUGGCCUGAAGAGAAUGGCAGUGUAAGAAAAUCAACCACCCUUCAACAACAAAAUAAUAAUAAUACCUAUUAACUACCCUCAACCCUGAGUUCCGGUAACACAACAACCACCUUCAAUAGAGGUAAAACAGCCACAUAUUUCCAUUUUUCCAAAAAAACAACUAUACCAUUAACCUGAAGUUAGCUGACAAGGUAGGACCUAUAAAUAAAGGAAUCUAAUUUCCCCAAACCACCCCCUCUAGACUAUCUAAACAACACUUUGUUCAACAUAGAGAAGAUCUUUUGACUUAAGACUGAUUAUUUUUAAAAAGAAAAAAAACUGAUGGAAGAUUUAAGAAAACGAAUUAUUGAAAAUAAAAACAACUAAUAAAAAAAAAGAAUUCUAUGAAUGUUGAAGUGCGAAAAUAGCUAAAUUUUUCAAGUCUUUUGUGCGAAAACAAUUAUGCCAGUCUCUCAAAACUUGUCGAAUUCGGUUAAACUCUGUCCAUUGCCCUCCCUAAAAACGAAUGGAGUCCUCUUUUUCUACGUACACUUAUAUAACACGAGCUUUAAAGAUAAUAAUCUAACAAGAAUAAAAUCUAAUGUUAGGAGUGAAUUGCAUUUUGAUUUCAGAAAGCAUUUCCAUCAUUGCAAAAUAGCAGAUGGUUGACUUGAAGAUGUGAUUACCAUGGUGGCCAGUGCUUCCAUGGAAUUGCACAUUCUUAUAUUUUCUUAGGAUUUGACAAAGACAUGGUUAUAUGAUGUGAGGUUAUCUAACUAAACAAAAUAUAGUAAAUAUUUUUAGGAAUAUAAAUUAUAAGGAAAAUUAUGAAAGACCCUUCCAAAGGCAGCUAGAGUUUCCUUGAAUAAAAUUAAAUAAAAAAAUAAUAAAUACUUAUGAAGGACUAUUGAUAUAAUGAUAAAUUUAAAAACAAAAACAUUUGUAUAUAGAACAAGAGAAAAUGUGCAUUGAUAUACCAGAAAAAAAAUAUAAACUUGCUUUAAUUAUAAAAGAAAUUACAGCAUAACCAUUAAGUCCAGUAAUAAAAGCAUAAAUAAUAAAAUAUGCAUUUUCGUCUAAAAUAACAGAUUCUUUGAAAUAAAUCGCGUAAUAUAUUUCAAGUGUCUAGCAUUGCAAAUGUUUUAUUUUUUUUUUCCUUUCUCAAUGGCAUUUAUGGACAAUUUUAUUUUUCACCAUGUGGCUUUGAGGUCACAUGUUUAUCCUAAUUAUGCGGCAUUAUUCCUGUUGAACUAAACAAAGAUAUUGAAACAUCAACUAAAAGAGAAAAAAGGACUGUGUACAUUGAUAAUAGCAACUAGUCUUGUAAAAUAUUCUAUUCUCAAGCACACUUCACCGUAUCAAUAACCAAAUCUCUCACUAAUUGAAUAAUAAUUUUUGUUUGAUCCAAAAAUUAAGAAGAUCUUCGUAAAGUCAUAAGGUUAAGGCAAUGUUUACAAUUAAAAAGUUCAAAUUUAUAAUAUAUUUAAGUUCUAAUAUGGUCUUUGAUUGGAUAAACCCUAAAGCGGUCUUCAGACUAGAGGUUUAGCUCAGUUCUCGAAGGUAUCAAAAUCCUAAAUACAAAGCAAUUUUAUUGCUUUUUGAGAACCUAAUAGGUCAGUUAUCUUUAAUAAUCCAAUCCCAAAUUAAAGUUUUCCAAAAAAAUUAUGAUUGAUAAGAAAUCAGAGUAAUUAUGUCAUAUGGCUAAGCCUUAGGUCAGAAGCCCGUAUAAGAAAUUAAAGCUAUAGACGGUCAGAAACGCGAUAGAACUGAAAUAUUUUAUUCUUUUAUUGGAUUAAACAUUAAUUUACUUCUAAAAAUUAAACUACAGGAAUACCCAAUAGAAGAUCAGAAAAAAUCUCCUUAUCCAGGAAAAAGUACCCAGUUUUUAAAAUAUAUUUCUUGAAAAACAUAGGAAAAGUGUUCUCGUUAUGAAGUUUGGGAUCAUACGAAGCAUCGGCCCUUUCCCUUACUCUGAGAUAAAAAUUUUGAUUUUCUAUGCAGACACUUCCGGUAAUCGCCAGUGGAAAUUUAUUUCACCUCAAGAAGAAAAACAAAUUUUCUGUCUUGCCCAGAGCUUUCGGUCCGGAUGUGGACCUUCUUCAGUGAUCGACUAGACUAUGUUUUUUGAUUUCCUGAAGUUCGUUAUUUUUCAGGAAAUCAAAAACAUAGUCUAGUCGACCACUGAAUAAGGUCCACAUCCGGAUUGAAAGCUCUGGGCAAGACAGAAAAUUUGUUUUUCUUCUUGAGGUGAAAUAAAUUUCUACUGGCGAUUACCGGAAGUGUCCCCAUAGAAUAUCCAUCACGCCAGCUCAUUAUCCAACAAUAAAUGACCUCAGAGUAAUACUACGGAGAGGACGUUUGAAUAAAACAAGCUGUGCUAGUUCUCUUUUAAAAUAUUUUUUCUCAAAUUGAAUAAAACACACUUUUAUAACGAAUGCAAUCACUUCACGCUUUUUUUAUUGACAGCUCGUUAUCAAAUUGAUGUCCAUUUGGGGCCCAGCAAAAAUUCGAAAAAGAUAUUCUCUUCCUUUUGUGGAAAAAAAAUUUAUCGCGGUCCCCGGUGGAUGGACUGGACAUCUAAAAAGAAAGUUCAUGGUAUACUCACUAAAUGAAGCCUUCAGAUUCCAGAUUUACACUGGUCAUGGAAAUUUUUUUUUCACUCCCUAGCACUGUACAUUAUCACUAAACAGUAUUCACCCCAGUUCUUGGCCAAAAAGGUCAUCCUGGCCUUAAGAACUGUUAACCAAAUUUUAUUUGCAUUCUGGAAAGCAAAUAAAAACACAUACAUUAAGGAAACUUGAUUACAGUGCCCGCUUUUAUUCGGAUAAUUGGGAGACAAUUAUCAAUUAUCACAUUUCUAAAAAACAUCCUUUUGAAAAAAUUUGUACCAAAUUUGCUUGUCUGCUUUUUUUCACAAAAAGUUUUUUUGAAAACUUUUUUUUCACAGUAGGGAGAACGUUUUUAAUUGGCUCAUACUUUUAUUGCUCAAUCAUCAAGGAGUCAGUAAUAAACAAUUUUCAGUUCUAAAAAAAAAUCUUUAAAAAAUCAAAAAUUUUCUUUUUUAAUGGGCCAUUAAAAAAUUGCUUAUUAGCAAAAAAUUCUUAAGAACUGGCCAAGAAGACAUAAAACGUGUUAAGAUGUUUACAAGCUUUUCCCAUCAGAAACAAAAUUUUCAACUUACUUUUAAAUGGUUAAUAAAUGAUAGUUAGAUGAUUUUAUAAUUUUCAAAAUGGCUGUGCUAAUGAAUAGUUGAAAGUUUUUUAAAAGCUAUAUUAAAAAAAAACUAUUUAUUUUCCAAUGUUAAAAUAAACUUUAAAUGAUUUAUUAAAAAAAUAUAAAAAAAAAUUAAUAUUUUGUGUAAUCACAUAAUUUUCUGAGAAUACAAAAAUCCGUAUUAUUGGUAUAAAACCAAUUGACUGACCAAUCAUUGUAAUAUUUUUACUUUGCUUCCACACAGAAAAAAAUAUUUCUGUGUGUAUAAUGCCCAACGCACAAUAACAUUUGUUUUAUAAACAUGUUUUUGGAACUACCUAUAAGAGUGAACGAGAUGACUAGAUUUAGAUCUCACUCACUCUCACUAAAAUUUCAAAACAUGUUUACCAACAAAAGUUAUUGUGCGUUGGGCAUAACCCACAAACAAGUUCGUAAAAUUUUGUACUUUUCAUAUACAUUGUUCGUAACUUGAUCAUUUGACGAGCAUUUUUUGUAUUUUUACAAACAUUUGUUUGUAAAUGUUCGUAAACAUACAAAAAAUGUUCGUAAAAUUGUGUUCGUAAAUUUUUGUUUGUCUGACAAAAAUUUACGAACAAAUGACAAAAUGUUACGAACAUUCUUUGUAUUUUUUACGAAUCUUUUACGAACUUGUUUGUGGAUUACAUGAUUUACGAGCAUUUCGUAAGUCUCUAAUAGGAAUUCACAAACAUUUACAAACAAUUUUACAAAAUAUUUUUUCCUGAGAAUAUUUAUGGUCUCUACAGAAUAGAGAAAUUUAUGUCCAUAUGGAAGAGUUUUUUCUACACAAGCAUAGGGAAUUUCCUUCAAUUUGGACAUAAAUUUCUCUAGUGUGUAGACUCCAUUGGUUAUAGCUGCCGUCAACCUAUCAUUCUCGUUUUCUUAAGGAAUUGCUAUACGCUCUGAAUCCUAAAUCACAGAUAGGAUGUAUUUUUGAUUUCAAGUGAAAGAUUACAAAAAAAUAGACUCUAAAAAACUUACGAUUUUCUUUUCAAAAGUAACUUAAUAAUAAAUGAUUUAAUGAUCCCAUAUACGGUGAUUUGUGUUUGGGAAUUGCGAUUAAAUUUUCUUUACAGCACUACUUUUGGCUUUGAUAAUAUUUUAGGGCAAAAGAAAAAAGAAACUAUUAGAUAAUAUUCGCUUAAUAAGCAUACAAUAUGACAAUGUUGAGUCAAUAGAACAACCAAUUACAAAGAAUAUUGAAGUAUAGUAAGUGUUGUAAUAAUUGCCUGGGCUUGUAUUAGCUAUCAACUAAUGUGAGGAAGUAUAAUUAUAAUAUUUGCGGCUAUAUUAGUGACAUACAAUAACUACAAAAGUACACAUUUUUUUGACUAAAUAUAUACCACUAAAAAGUAUAUGGAAAAAUAUUCAGAAUAAUUGAAUUGUUACACAAUUAGAGAUUUUGGUAGAAAAUAACUUAUGCAUACCAAAGACAAGAUUUAUUUUUACUGACAUCAUAAUUUAAAUUGCUCAAGGUCUCAAUAACCCUUUCUUUUUAUUCUACGGAGGAUAACUUAAGAUGUCAAAUUGUCCUUCAGCACUUGGGUAUUAUAUUAUGUUGACGCAUAAAUCAAAACUAUAAUAUCGUUAUAUUGUGGCAGUUUUUGCAGUGAAAGUAGGACUUAUUUUCGCCCCUAUAAAUGCAACAAGUGAUUUAUGGUGAGAAAUAUUUUUUCUUUUAGUAUCACUGAUUCUUGUCUUUGUAUGAGACCAUGGCCAAUUAAUUGCCUACGCCAAGAGUCUCCUUUUGGGCUUGAAAAAUACGCAUAUCUCGCCAGAGGUUCAGUAUGUACGUGGGUUGGAAAAUUCCAAAAGGUGAUUGAAUUUUCUUUCAGUGCACGCGCAUUACACCAAACUCCUUUUUACCACUAGAAAAAAAAGGAGGAAUCAACCCGAGUUCAUCGGGGAGUAUAUGUAUGUUGCUAAAGAAAAUGCCUAUAAAUGAAAAUUCCCUCCACACUUUCUGAACCUAAUGGUGGGAAUUCUCUAAAGGUUUUGAGGUGGAAAAGAAAUGAACUUUUUAGGGACAAAAGACGUCAAUACUGCUUAACAAGUUUAUUCCUAUUUAAGAAAAUUUUGGGCGCAAUUAUUUUUAAUUAAACGCCCACAUUACACUAAAUUCCAUUCUUGAAAUACAACACCACCAGGUUUUAAUAUUAAAUAUUUAGGGCUGUCUACGAAUUCGACCUCUGUGGGUACCUUAGGCUAGGCACUAGUUGUGUACCUUCUCCCUUUUUUUGGUUCGAAUUAUAUAUUUUGAUGUAGAAGACACCACCCUGAAAAUAAAUCAUUGGAGCAGUAUUGAAUGUCCUUUGUGGAGUGUCUGAGUAUAUUUCUGAAUAUAUUUAACGUACCUUUAUAAAAGAGAGAGAAAGAGAUAAACUAAACAAACGAAUAUUUCUAUAAAAAAAAUUUUCAUCAGUUUGAUAGAUGCUACCUAAUAUUAUUUUCUUCCAAUAUAGAUGUAGGUAUUAGGGAUAUUUUUUGUAUAUGAGAAAACAACACAUAUUUAUAGAUAUUUGAUACUGAAAGAUUGGUUUUCCUCUUGAGCUUUUCUUUCUUAACCCCUCGUUACAUGGCCUCAACAACAACAAAAAUUAUUACCAUCCUUUGUGGCACACUCAGCGAAAUUUGAGUAAGGUUACAAUUUGAUGGGAGAUUUUGGGAAGAUUUAUUAGAUCAAUUGGAAAUUUAAUUUUUUGAAACACCAAUAUUAUCAAUUAAAUUUUAAAUAUAGGUGUUUUUCUUGUUAUUUUUUGUCGUGUUAUUCUAUUAUGCUUCAUACUAAUUUAUGAAUCUUUAUUCCAAAUCUAUAUUACUGUCCAAAUUAUUUUUUUGGUAAAAGAAAGUUUUGACGUUUUCGCUCAAACAAGAAUUGAACCGAAGGCCUCUGCUUCGAAAAGCCAGAACCUGGCCUAAUCGGAUAUUGAGAUACCUUUAACAGAGAUCAAAAAGCCACGUAACAGAGGUUGAAAUGUUUCACUAAUAAAAAUAAGAUGAUGAAAUUACAAAUGAGAGCCUAUUCCAGUGUCACUUAACCCUUUAAUGACGAUUGGGACACGAGUGUCCCAAAAAUAAAAAUUAAUUUUUCGGGUUAUUUAGAGGACAUAAUACUCUCGUUCAGUAAUAUUUAUUUUAAUGAAACUUCAAUUAAAACGUUCUGCAAUCCUGAAAUACAGUAGACGGCAGUUAAAUUCGAAAAAAGUUUGUUGAUAUUUUUCAAGUUCGAAUAUGACUAUCAAAUGAAGCAAAUAUACUCAAAUUUGUCAUGAUUUGUCUUACCUUUAAUGUGAUUUUGCAUUAUUAAGAGGUUUUCAUGAAAUUUAUAAUAGCAAUGAGCAUAAACUCAAUAUGAGUAUGCAGAUGAACAAAAAAUCGUUGCAUUUCAAACAAUUUUCUGCCCGAAUUUCCGCGAAUUUCUCUCUAAUUCAGUUGACAUUUCGGUCCCAAAUGCUCGAAUUUGGGAAAGUCUACUGUACCACAAAACUACACAAAAGUUGACUUUUUGCAGCAAACGUUUACACACUGUUGUUGAAAUUGUUGAUGAUUGAAGUGUCAAAAAUACCGAAAAUCGAAAUUACAAAACAAUCAGCGCUAAAGCGACUAGUACGAGAAAACUUGCACUUUAGUCUUCCAGUAGAUUUUCGACUAUGUUUGGCUUGGCUUUGGAGUAGUUUCGUCUCUUCUAAAGGUUAUUACUGAACAGAACCAAUAAUUUUCUAUAGUCAAAAAAUAUUUUUGUUUUUGGGACACCGGUGUCUCACUCGUCAUUGAAAGGUAAUAGGCUUUUAUUUGAGUUUUUAACUAAUUUUUGAUAGUUCUGAGUUUUAGAAUCAAAUAUUUUCACACAGUUUACUCCUAUUUUGAAAGAAAAUUUUUUGCCAUGUUCUUUUUUUCUAUUUCAACCAAUUGGAGUAAAAUUAAACAAAUUUUAAUUUACAAAAAAUAUAUUUUUUGUAAAUUUAAUUAAAUUCAAUUUUUAACUACAAUUUUUUGAUUAAAUAUUUAAACAAAUAUUACUACAAAUCAGCUUAUAGAGAUAAUUGAUGUAAGUGUGAUAGAAAUAUCUCUACGAGGUCUACACUUUUCGAUAAAUUUUACAUUAAAUUUUUUAUAAAUUAUUUAUCAAAUAAAUUUAUUCUUUGAUAAAAUUAUUUUAAACAUAAUUUUUAGGUACUAAUAAUUUUUUUUAAACAAAACUUAUUUUUAUGUAUUAAUAUAACGAAAAUGGAAUUUUUACUUGAAUAUCUUUAUCGAAUUUCGACUGUACUAAAAAAGUAGCAAAAGUUUUCGUACUGUACUGAAUUUUAAUAGAAGGAUUUCUUCUCUUACUAUAAAAAAUUUUUGGUUUUAUUUUGGCUUCUCUUUAGAUAAUUUUUUUAUUUGAUAUUAAAACUAAAUUUAGAUCAAAAACUAAUUUAGUACAUGUCUGUGCUAAAUGAUCUGCAAUUGAAAAUAUUUUAUUUAUUUUAUUUAAUUUAUUUAUUUCGAAUACUGCUUUUGAGCUAGAGUUCUUGAAAGAAAAAUUUUGACAGAUAUAGGUGAACAAGGAAUUUAAUUGUUUGUGUGAUAGCGGCUACCGCCGUCUUAACGUUGAUAACCAACCUCCAGAGUAAAACGGUGGAAAUGUUACAACUUUAU